GUUUGGCUGCAGCAUGAGUUGCGGGGAAGCAGCGGUAGAUAGAGUCAAGUCGGUAGACAGAUAACUAGAGAAGUCAGACGGAGAGUGCGAGAGAGAGGGGGAGGGAGCACGCGAGAGAGGAGGAGGACGAAAACAAGAAGAGAGGGGAAAAGGAGAAACAUGAGCCGCCAGCCGCCGGAGUCCCAGGGAGUGGUUUUGACUGGUUACCAUAGCAACGCAGAGACGUUGCCGAAAAGUGGGUUAGCGGCGUGUACCGCAGCCCAGGAGCCGGAGUCCACACCGGGCAGCUUCUUUCUCCUUGACAGCCGCAGAACAGGUCAAUACAGUGUGCAGCAGGGGCAGAACACACAACAUGGACCCACCAACCCCGUCAACAUUGCCAAAGCCACUAGUAUCAACCCUCCGUCACUCCCCAACCCAGUUCCCAACACUUGCCCCAGACCUCAGCCCAGCAGUAGCCCACACCUGGGCUCCAACCCCAGCCUCGCCUCUCACCCCAGUCCCAGGCCUGCAUCCCAGCCUUCAUACCAGCGCUAUAACUCCCAGGACUCUCUUGAUGAGCUGGCAAUGGACGACUAUUGGAAAGAGGUGGAGAAUAUAUCUCGCUCUGGGGAAGGAGGAGAGGGGGGAGUGGGGAGAGGGGAGGGAUGCAUAGAGGGGGAGGCGCAAGAGGAGGAGCAGCAGAAAAUUCCUGAAGAGGGGGAGCAGGAGGAGGCGUGGCUGACGGAGGCGGGACUAGCCAGGCUGUUUGAUGAUUCGCUGGGAGCUGACCAUGAUCAGGAAGAGGACAACGCUGUGUUCCUGUCUACUCUGACCAGAACCCAGGUGGCAGCCGUAGAACGUCGUGUUACAUCAUUACAGCAGACAUUGCUACGACGACGGAACCGUCAACAUGUUCCUGAUGUCAGGGAUAUAUUCAGGCCAUCUGAAAAGGUUGAAGGGCCAUCUAAACUCACAGAAGGACUAGAAAACAGUGUAAAAGAUGUAAAUUCAACUGAAACAGAGACGGAGUUAAAUGUUGAAGUGUCAUUUUCGGAACAGGCACUCAAUUACAGGGACCACCAUCAAGGAAAGGCUAUAUCUACAUUUCCACAUUCACCUGAUGACAAGCUACCAAACUUCAGAUUACUUCGUGACAAAACGGGUCAGACCAGGAUAGGAGAUCUUUCUCUUCUGGACAUGAAAAAGGUGCGUAGACUGGUGCUUGUGGAGAUGACUGCUCUGUUUGACACUGCUGGGAUAGACCUGAAAGCUGACAAAGCAGUCAAAGUCAAGGCUAAAGAGAGUGGUCUAUUCGGUGUACCCCUUGCAACCUUACUGGAUCAGGACCAGAGACGGGCCCAUGGGACCAAAGUUCCACUCAUACUGCAGAAGCUCAUCAGUCAUAUUGAACAGGAGGGACUGGACACAGAAGGGUUACUUCGGAUUCCUGGAGCGGCCACUAGAGUCAAGGCAUUGUGCCAGGAGCUGGAGUCUUGUUUCUAUGAUAAUCUAUUUUCAUGGCAACAGCUGAAACAGCAUGAUGCUGCAAGUCUUCUAAAGCUUUUCAUCAGGGAGUUACCAUUUCCAUUACUGACUGUGGAAUAUCUCAACACCUUUAUUGCUGUCAACAAGCUCCCCACUAAGAAACAGCAGCUCCAGGCCUUGAACCUGCUGAUCCUCCUGUUACCGGAGGCAAAUCGGGAUACUCUCAAGGCAUUAGUGGAGUUUUUCCAGCGUGUGAUUGACCAUCAGAAGCGAAACAAGAUGACCCUCAACAAUGUCUCCGUUGUUAUGGCGCCCAACAUCUUCGUGUUCAAAGGUUUCCGUUCCAAGGUUACCGAACAACAGGAGUUCUCCAUGGCAACGCGCACAGCCAACAUCGUCAGGCUUCUGAUUAGAUACCAGAGCCUCCUGUGGACAAUUCCUAAGUUCAUUCUCAACCAAGUAAGACAGCAGAACACGGAGAGCCAGAGGAAACAGAACAGGGAGCGAGCUGUGAGGAAGCUACUGAAGAAGAUUACUACUGACAAGCCAGUGGACAAACCUGUGUGUGAGGACUCUUCCCAGGGUUUUAUUCGUGUCCAGGCACCCCAGUUUCGUAAAGUUUCUAUGGCAGUUCAGCUUACUGAAGAAUUGCAGGCUGCUGAUGUAUUAACACGAUUCAUCAACCAGGACAGUUCAGUGCCAGUGAAGCGAGAAGAGCUGUGCCUCUAUGAGAUAGGUGGCAACAUCAAGGAGAGAUGCCUGGAUGAGGAGACAUAUAUGAAGGACCUCCUGCAGUUGAACCCCACAGCAGAAUGGGUCAUCAAAGCCAUUCCGAGAUAAGCUGAUCCAGGGGGAAGUCACAUGGUGUUUUCCCUUUAACCCCAGUUCCAAAAGUGUUUUGGCCAAUCGUUUGUAACAUACGGAUUUCAAUCUAGGUUGCUCAGAUCGAGUCCUGAAACCUGCCAAUGAUCAAAUUAGGCAUACGUGCAUUUUAAAAACCUAUUUGUGAAAUGUGUGUGCAGGAGAGAAGUGGUCAAAAUACUAGAUGAAAUACUAGAUGCUUUUGUUAUGACUUUCCUGCUCUUAUGGAAAAUGGUAAUGUCAAUCAAGAAAAAGGGAAAAUCUGUCAUGGAAGACAUUGGACUGAGCAGCAGUGUUUGAUUUGUGAAUUGCAGGCCCUGAACAAUAUGGACAUGGAUGCAUAACAUGUUUCUUUGCUCUCAGCACCACUUGUAUAAGGGAAUUUCCAGGUUGUCUACAGGCAACUCUUCGCUGAGUGGUGUUGCCUGUGAUUAUGCAAAAAUGCCUUCAAUUACAUCACCAUAGCACACAACAAGAUGGACACUGUUCUUAGCCUUUCCCGGCUUAGAAACACCAGUUGCAUAGCAAUGGUCAUACAACAUGAUUGCAAUGCUGAUAUUGCUAUUGCUGAAAACGGCAGUGGCCACAGUGUGUAUGUCUUGCUCUUAAUGUCAGUGUCUCAAGAUAUUGACAUUGUCAAUGUAGCAGGCAGUGUUUGAUUACUGGCCUCAAGUACAGGGAAUGCCAGCAAAGGAAUUAACUGCAAUUAACUGCAAUUAUUUUUGGGACACUACAUGCUUGACAGCAGAUGUUGAUUUUGUAUUAUGUAUUAAGGCUAGUUAUCUUUUAUUUCUUUAUACGAGAAUUUACCAAUCUGUUAGAGCGUAAAGUAUAAAACAAUGAUGUUUUCUACCUCCCUAACUGCUAACAUGGGGCCUUAGUUAGAAAAACCUCAUCAAAAUAAUGUGAUCAUGAAGAUACUGUGCGAGAGCUUUUUUUUUUUUUUUUUUUUUUUUUUGCCUAAUGUACUUAUCUGUUUGUUGUGCCUCUCUGACCACUAGUUUGAAAUCGAGGACAGUCGUGCAGGUCAUCAGAAACCACUUAAUCUAGAUAAGACCAAAUCAUCUCUUCACUUUAUAUUCCCACUGCUUGAUAGGGUUUGGAACUCUUGCGGCACUUGUACUAGAAUAUUAUAUACUUGAACCACAGUAUGAUAAAACUGCCGUUUUCAUUAUAAUAAGUAUUGUGGUUCAGUACAGUGAUUUAAUAUGAUCACCAACACUCCAUUUCAUUGAACCACUGAAAAAUAGUUGAGCACUUUUUCUCAUUAUUGGUAGUAUUAUUUUCAAGUAUAUUUUUUAUUAAAAGCAUUAAAAGCACAAUUAUUUAUAGCAAUAUACAAAACUUAAUAUCAUCGAAUCAAUGGAGUGUUGCAAUGCAAAGGAAUCCACUGCAUUGAUAUUCUUUUCAUUCAUACCAUUUAACAUGCUUGUCAUCUUAAGCAAUAUGUAACCAGGUAGAUGUUUAACGGUGAGACCUAACAGCCAUGUCAAACCUCAAUUACACAACAGGGAAUGGGUUGUCACCAUUGAUGGCUGCAUUGCAAGUGUGAGGGUGUCAGUACUGAAUGGGAAAAAAAGUGUUGUGCUUGUUUUUUUUUCUGAUGAAGUAGGAUCUUGGUCUGAUACUAAAUCACACAUGUUUGUGUUGGGUUUGGGAGUCUCUCAUGACAAGCAUCAAAAGAGUUUCAGCUCCGUGGUGCACACCGAUGACCUCAGCAACUGUGCAUCAUUGCUUGCUCUUUAAUGGUACAUACAUGUAAUAGUCUGGCUUUAAAUUUUUUUGCUUUUGUGUUUCUUCAUGUGUUAAUUCAGCUUUAAGCCUUUAAAGGAAAUUUGACAUUUUUUGAUUAAAAACAGAGAAAGGAUGCUUCAUUGGCUGUUCUGGAGUGUCACAAGAAUAAAUUUGGUAAUGAUUUUUUUUUUCAGGAAAAUGCUUUUAAGGCCGGGUGUUUGGAAACAUGAUAGACUCAUAGAUGAUAUUUUGAUGAAACAUGUUUGAAUAUAAAUGGUAUGGUAAUUUAAAAGAUUUCCUAACGUGUCAGGGCAAAAAUCAAUUUUUGUUUAUUUUAUGCCCUUAACAAUUAGAAGUUGACACAGGUACAUUUGCUGUUUUAGGAAAACAAACAGUAGAAACAAAAGAACAAAUCACUACCCAAAUAUUUUUGAGGCACAAAUAUAUCUGGAAUAAUUCAUUUGCCUUUAUUGUCUACUGUGAAUAUAUAUUUAUGACAUUUCAUUGUCAUACUACAGCUUCUGAAAUGACCACUAAAAUUGCUUGUAAAUAAAUAUUGAAUU